GUGUGCAAUGCAUAGAAAUAUUUAUGCAACAAAAAUAAUAAUUCUCAAAUGUUUAAUUUUACAAAUAUGGUAACAUAAGUUAGAAUCUGCAAUCUACUACAAUAAAUGUCAGCCAAUUUGCCGAACUGUCAAUCAAAAGCAAAACCAGACGACCAGCCAGUAGAAAUAUCCGCAAAUUCUUUAAAUUUCAAGGCAAAAAGCCUAAAAACAAUAUAUUUUCUUUAAUAAUAGGAAUAUAUAAUUUGUUUUAAAGUGGAGUAUCAUUUUAUGGCCAAAAUGGGAAAGCUCACCCCUGAGGAGGAGGCACGCAAUAAGAUGCUGAUGCGUGAACGCGAUCGGGAACGAAAGCGCAUGAAGCGCCUCAACCCCGAGUAUCGUCGCAUGGAACAGGAACGCGAUCGUGAUAGAAAAAAAGCACGGCGCGCCAACGAAGCCUUUCGGCAGUUGGAGAAAUUACGUGACAAAAUACGUAAAGAGCGUAAAAAGGGGAUAAUCAGCGAAGAGUCGCUGCAAGUUGAAUUUGCGAACGUACCGCCAGUGCCUGUUGAACCAGAGGUUAUCAUUUCGGAUCCGCUGCCCAUCGAUGCCGACGCUCCUACACAAAAUAGCAGUCGCCAACGUGUCAGUGUUGGGGUGAGCGCACCUAGCCAUAAUGUCAGCCAUACGUUAUCAACUAACGGUCUUGCUAACACAACAACCGCAGCGCUUAGUGCAGCGGUGGUAUCAAGUGCCUCCGCAGUGAGUGGUAAUAUACACCAACAUACACCUGUUACGCGCAUGACACAACUAAAUAAAGGUCUACUCUAUCCACCACCAAAUUUCGCACACCAUCCACUUCCAAUUGCUGGUGUAUCGCUAAUGCCACAAUUAUGCCAUCCUAUUUUACAUCAAAAUCUAAGCGCUUCAUUGUAUCCCACCAAUGGCAUUAAACAAGAAUAUCAUCCGAUCAAACAGGAAUAUAAUCCGGAAACGUCGGUCUCGCCUGUUAAUGUUAAUGCUCAAUUGUCUCGGGCUUCGAGACCGGCCAACGUGGCUGAAGAUCGUGAUUUAGCAAUAAUUGAACCAGAAAUAAUUUUACACACUUCCACCGAUAUUAUUGCUGCGCCACACCACUUCCAAAAUGCGCAUGCGCACGCCCAUCAUUUGCAUCAACAACAGUGCAGCAUGUUCCAACAUAUGGCGCCGCAGGCGCACAUGUCACAGAUGCGCACACAUGCUCCGUUACCACCGCCACUGCCAGCCACUCAUGCGCAUCACCAGCAGCAACACCAAAUGCAGCACUAUGCGGCUAAUAAAGGCUCUUAGUACCGUAAGGGACAACAGCAGAAGCUUGGCAAUGUGAAUUUAAGCUAAAAGCAAGCAAAACCCUUCGAAUGCAAUCGUUUUAUAAACAACUUUUUUACUUGCAAUUAGCCUUAGGAUUAAGUAUUCUUUAUAGUUGUUUAGCAGGCGCUGCCGAUAAAUUGAUAUUUUCAUAGUCACAUAACCUCCACAUUACAUUCACUCAAAUUUCAUUAAUACGAAUUGAAUUCGCUAAUUCGCAUAAACAUUAACCGUUUUCACGAGGGAGAGAAUAUGUUGAAGAAUGAUAUUGUUGAUUUCGAAAAUCGUUUUUAAGUGUAAAAUUUUAAUAUUUUAUCUAUAAAACAGAAAACGCUUUAGUGCUUAAAACAUUUAAAUGCAAUAUGUGACGCAUUAUUUUUCAUAUUAUUUUGUUUAAGUUAAAGCUUAAUUUAUAAGUGUUUCAUAAUAAUUAUACUGUAUCCUAAAAAAUUUAUCUAGCGGAUAAAUAUUCUAAAAUUAUCCGAAGAGUUAUUUUGACGAAAAUAAAUCUAAGCUCGUAAAAGGUCGAGUCAUCAUUAAUAAAAUACAUAUUUUCUAAUUUA